AAGCUUCCGAAACUGCUGAAAAGUUCAAGAAUUCAUUCGCGAAUUUCUGACGCAUCGCAGGAUUCGCGACCGGAGAUGAUUUGGUAAAAAAUAUCGAGAUUUUUCUUAAAAAAAUGAUCGUUUUUCAUUUAAAAAGUCGUGCAUGUUUUUAGUUUGUUCCCAAAAAGGAGGAUUUCUUUGCUGGAGGGCAGACCUCACUGUUUUGUUGGGGAGGUGUGAUGUGGAGACGAAAAAGAGAGCGCUCGGGGGGUAGCUAGCGGCGUGGGAGCCCCCCGGCCCCAGCAUGACGCGCGCUAGAGAAUGAAGAAGCAAAACGUUCGCACCUUAUCUCUAAUUGUUUGCACCUUCACGUAUCUUCUCAUCGGCGCGGCUGUCUUCGAUGCUCUCGAGUCCAGAACGGAAAACCAGAGGAAAAUUGUUUUGCAAGAAAUACAAAACAUUGUAAGAAGAAAAUACAACAUUAGCACCGAAGAUUUCAGGAUAAUGGAAACUAUCGUUUUGAAGUCUGAACCCCACAGGGCCGGACAGCAAUGGAAAUUCACGGGGGCGUUUUAUUAUGCCACUACUGUGCUUACCACAAUAGGCUACGGCCAUUCCACUCCGAGCACUAUUUCCGGGAAACUAUUCACCAUGUUCUAUGCCAUCAUCGGCAUUCCCCUGGGAUUGGUAAUGUUCCAGAGUAUCGGUGAAAGGGUCAAUAAGUUGAGCAGUGUAAUCAUUCGAUCUGUUAAGUCUUCCCUUCAUUGUCGUCAAACUACCGCCUCAGAACUGGAUUUAAUAUGCGUCGUAACGUUUUUGAGUUCUCUGACAAUAGCUGGUGGAGCUGCAGCGUUUUCCAGAUACGAAGGUUGGAGCUACUUCGAUUCCGUUUAUUAUUGUUUCAUUACUUUGACCACCAUUGGAUUCGGCGAUAUGGUAGCUCUUCAAAAAGACAAUGCUCUGAGCCAAAAACCGGAAUACGUUAUGUUUGCUUUAAUUUUUAUACUAUUCGGUCUAGCUAUAGUGGCAGCUUCACUCAAUCUAUUAGUUCUUCGGUUUGUAACUAUGAACACUGAAGACGAAAGAAGAGAUGAGGCACAAGCUAUGCAGGCGUUAGCCGGCGCCGUAAGGUUAGAGGGAGACGUGAUAACAGCUAAUGGUUCCAUUCUAAGUGGUCAAUUAGGGCAUCAUUGUACAGAAACGACAUCUUUAGAUGCUGACGAUACCUCUGUGUGUUCUUGUCCAUGUGGAUGUAUACCAACCAAUAGCAGACAUAGGUUUACGGUACGAAGAUCUCCGACCCAAAUUCGACACCUUCUUCCAGUUCUGCCAAUGCACGAACUGCACCUCCCUCAAGGGCCUAUCCUGCCCCCUCCUGCAAUAUAUCCGAAUCACAGGGCUUCGAUAUGAUCGUUCUUCCACGGUUCUCAGCCUAGGCUAAUCGAUGUGAUACAAUAACACUGAACUAUUAUCGAUAAAUUGAUAGCUAGUGAUGAAUUGAUACCAGUUAGUGAGUUUUUGCACUGGCCUCUAUUUGUAAAAAUGCAACAGAAAACCGUCUAAAAUUUAUUUUCAGAAUAGGAUAUAUUUUUUGGCUAUAGAUUUUUGGAAGCUUAUACCUAUAGGAG